AUGGCCGCUAACGUAAUCCAUGUCGCUAACGCGAGGGAGCUGGUCCGAGACGUAGAGGCUCUUUUCCCGAAAUUGGACCCUCAGACGGACUGGGAUGCUCGCAUGGCCGCCCUGAAGCGCCUCGAGGGCCUCUUCCGAGGCGGUACGUGCUCUCCAUGCAUAGCUCAAAGUAGCGUCAAGUUAGGAGAUUUGGAGUUCGAUGCAGAGCAAGUUUCAGAGAUUGUCGUCAUCAAGGUGUCCCUCUACGAGCUUGCAGUUCGAUUCAACGCGUGCAACCUCGUGUCAGCAAUCGCUGAGUGCCUGUCCGGGGAGUUCGAACCAUGCGCGGAUAUCGUGCUUCAGGAGCUUAUGAAGCUGCUCGGGUCGUCUGCGGCUAUUAUGGCCGACUCAGCUGACUCCACCAUUCGAACUGCAAUGUCCGGAAAUUAUCCCUUAUGCCGUUGGCCUCGUUCUUUCAAAUUUCUACCUUGUUCGUGCCAUCCUAUUGCCUUACCAGGUGGUGAUGCGCUGCAGACCCGCCCGCACGCUGAGCAAGGUGUGCGGAGUGUGUUCUACUGGCGCUGGAGGUGCGCGGAGUAUGUUCUACUGGCGUUAGAGGUGUGGGGCCCGCAGGGCGAGCUGGUGAUGCUGGUGGAUGCGAUUGAGAGCAGCAUUCGCAGUGGUGUGCAGGAUGGCACACGGGAGGUGCGAGCCACAGCCAGGCGCAGCUUCCGGGAGUUCUCCCACUUGUGGCCGGAGAGGGCCGCCCGGCUGCACUCCUCGUUUGAUGUCACGGUGCAGAAGGUAAGGCGGUGGCGAGGUGAGGAGGUGGGGAGUGCUGGUGCUGCUGCUGCUGCUGGUGUUGGUGCUGGUAGUGCUGCUGGUGUGGCGCGUGUUUCUAUAGACGAUGUUCCUAUGAAGGAAAACGUGCAGGGGAGAUGGGGUGGAGCAGCGGCAGCGGGAGGAGGUGUUUGUGGGGUUGGGCCGAGGAGGCAGAGGCACAGCAUUGCAGCGUCAACCAAUCUCGAAGGUCUGGUGCCUUCACAACUUCUAGGGACAGCUGCGAACAGGGUGGGGCGAGAGGCGCUGGGGGAACGGGAGGCGGAGGGGAAGGGGGGAGUUGGGGUGCGAACGGGGAACGUGAGUGGAGGCGGAAUUGCGGGAGGUGGGAUUGGGGGGGUUGGGGUUGGGGUUGCUGGUGGGGAGAGGAGGGUGGUGCAUGCGAGGAGGCCUGCUAGACGGAGUGUUUCCAGCAGCUAUGGGGCUGGCGGGAUGGGGGCAACAGGAGGGGCAGGAGCAAUCGGAGGGACACGCUUAACGGGAGCUAUAGGGGCGAGAGGAGGAGCAGUAGGAGCAGCAGGGGUAGGAGGAGGGAGGGAUCGGACACAGCGAAAUAAGCCACAGCAGCAUCAGGAUGUGGGGGAGGAGAUGAGGUUGAAAGUAGAGGAGGGGUUGCGGAAGGGUUGUGAUUGGUCGAGACGGGUGGCGGCAUUAGAGGCUGUGAGGGGGUGUGUGAUGGGCGGAGGGGAUGAGGCGGCGUGGGGAGGAGCGGAGGGAGAUGGAGUGAGCCGCAAGGGUGUUCAGGCCGUUGUGAAGCACCUGGACAGAGUAGUGGAGCUGCUAGUAGCGGGGAUGGAGUUCGCCCACACCAAAGUGGCAGCCUCAGCUCUGGCCCUCCUGGAAGACCUCGUGCUGCACUGCCCGCCCAUCCUCACCCCCCCCCACCUCGACAAAUGGCUCCCCCCUCUCUUCUCCCGCAUGGCUGACACUGGGAAAGACCGCAUGCGCGCACAUGCAGAGGGGAUUCUUUUGAGACGUCUCAAAAACACCCUCACUUCACGUUGCUCUUCUCCUGCGGUAGUGGAGCUGUUAGUAACGGGGAUGGAAUUCGCCCACACCAAAGUCGCCUCUGCAGCUCUGGCCCUUCUAGAAGACCUCGUGCUGCACUGCCCGGCCAUCCUCACCCCCCCCCACCUUGACAAAUGGCUUCCCCCUCUCUUCUCCCGCGUGGCUGACACUGGGAAAGACCGCAUGCGCGCACAGGCCGAGGGGAUACUGGAUUGUGCUUUAAACAGCUGGUUUAGGCGUGGACAUGGGUGUGGAGGGGUGAAUGGGGGGUUGGGUGAGGUGGAGAGGAGUGGUGAGGGGUUGAGAUGGGGAGAAGGGGAGGCUGUGCAGGUGCUGCUGCCGGUGUUAGAGAGGGCUUUGGAGGGGCAGAGGGGGCCGAGGGUGAGGGUGUGUGUGGUGGAGUUUGCAGAGAAAGUACUGAGGGGGAGGGCGGGGAGAGAGGAGGAGAGGGAGGAGGGGGGAGAGGAAGAGAACGGAGGAGAGGAGGAGCACAAUGGGAGGCAGCGUGGUGGCAACGCAGCGGUCCGAGUAAGUGACGUGCUAUACGUGAUGCUGGAGCGGGCGUUGGAGGGGCAGAGGGGGCCGAGGGUGCGGGUGUGUGUGGUGGAGUUUGCAAAGCAGGUGCUGAGGGGGAGGGCGGGGAGAGAGGAGGAGAGAGAGGAGGGAGGGGAGGGGGAGGACGGGGGUGAGGAGGAGGGGGAAGGAGGGAGGCAGCGUUGUGGGAGUGCAUUGGCUCGGGUCAGAAAGAGCACAGCGGAAGCCAAGAGCAUCAGGCAGUGGGGCGUGCGUCUCCUCCCACUGCUCAAGGACCCAAAGACCCGCCUGCCAGCAGCGCGGUGUCUGGGGGAGGUGGUGGCACAGAUCGGCCCUGUGUUCCUGGCAGCUCACAUUGAUUCGCUCCCUGACUCGGAACUGACUGACUUCCUUGCGCUGCUAGACAGGGCGGCACAGCCGGAUGUAGCGGUGGCUGUAGCAGAGUUCGUGCAGGGGAGUCAGAUUCACGGGCAUGGACAUAGCAUGUCGGCAGCUGGGCCGAGACACGAACGAGCGCCGGGAGCAGCUCGAGCAUCGGCAACAUCCGCCGACUCAGGCAUGCACAUAGCUGGUCUCACUGAACGAGACAGUGGGCAGGUGGUGUGGGAGGGGGGAGACGAUGGGGGAGGAGUGGGAGAGCGAGAGGCAUUAAGGGAGGAUGAGGGAUGGGAAGAGGGAGAAGAUAGACGGGUAGGUGAGGGCGCAGGUGAGGAGUCUGAACAAGAGGAGGGUGGAGACGAGGGUGGAGACAAGGAAAGGCGUGCUGAGGGGGAGAUGUAUGGUCAAGGGCCAAUUGCGCCUGGUGAGAAUGCGGUGCAAGACGGUAUGGACCCUUUCUUUGCGGCGCCCCAAAAGAUUCAUGGUGAAGAGCCUAUUGCGACUGGUGAGAAUGGGGUGCGAGGCGGUAUGGAGCAUUCGUCUGAGUCCUCUUUCCUUUCCUUCUCAGUCGAGGAGGAGGGGAGAUUGGGAGAGGAUAGGGAAGAGAGAGGAACAGGGUCGCCUGGAGCAUCAGCAGCAUCUGCUUCAACAACCGUCACCGACUCAGCAGUGGAUUCAGCAGCCCAUCACUUAGCCAAGCACGUCUCGCUAAGUUCUGCUGUGGACUCCCCGGGUGCAGCUCACAACCCCUCUUUUCUUCCAAGCUAUGCUCCUCUUGCUACAGAUGACUUCGCUAAGAGAGAUGAAAGGCUGCUUGACCAAGGGCCAUGGGGAGGAAGAGCGGAAAGUGGGGAAGGGGGUGCUUUUGCUGGUGGGGAGGAGUGGGUGGGGUGGGAGGAGGAGAGGGAAGAGGUAGAUGAUGCAUGGGUGGCAGCUGAAAUCGCUGAUGCCAUGAUGUGGGCGACCGGGAGAGAAGAGAUGUUGGAUGUGUGUGGCGAGGAGUGUAGACUUAGGUUGGGAGAUCAAGACAGGUUCAAGAAUGAGAAAGCAAAUGGUGGUGAGAGGAGGGAGGAACAGAGCAUGAUAGUGACGUCAGCGCUGGUCAUCUGGAAGGGCCUCAUGUGCUGGACCAAUAGCGAGUCGCCAGUUGUCGUCGUGCUCUCAGGCUCCAUGGAACCCGGCUUCAAACGAGGCGACAUUCUCUUUCUCCACAUGAACCCAACGCCGCUCUCUGUGGGGGAGAUCGUGGUCUUCAACGUGGAUGGUCGAGACAUUCCCAUUGUGCACCGUGUGAUCAAGGUCCACCAAGAGGCCGACCCUGACGAGUUUCAGGCACUCACAAAAGGUGACAAUAACGAAGGGGACGAUCUGCCACUGUAUGCGGAAGGGCAGCUGUGGCUGCGCAAGAAGCACAUCAUUGGGCGCGCCAUGGGGUACCUCCCCUAUAUCGGCUACGUCACCAUUAUCAUGACUGAACACCCCUACAUCAAGGUACAGUAA